AUGGGUAAAAAGUCUUUGGCCGAACAAAUCGCAGACAUUGCGAAUAAACCACAAGUUGAAGAUUUCGACAUUGAGAAUGAUGAAGGUGUAUUUCAACAUGGUGGGUCCGAUUCAGAUGUUAGUUCUGGCGAUGAGAGCGAAGAAGAGUUGAAGAAACAGCAUUAUGUGGCAGUAGGAAAGUCAAAACUUAGAAAUGUGGUCGAUCAAGGAUUGGCCGUAAAGGAUAAGAAAUACGUCGGGAGCAAAGGGUCUAGAGCAGAACUGUUCAAUGACGAAGAAAUGGACGCUCCUGAACAAGGAGAAAGUGAGUCUGAAGCUGAAUCCGGAUCUGAAGAGAGUGAUGCAGUAUCCUUUAGAAGCGAUUCAGAAGAUGUAUCCGAAUCUGAAGCCACUUCCGAGUCAGAAAUAGAGAAAGAUAGAGAGGAAGAUGAGGAGACUGCGAUGAAGAAAGAGAAAUUGGCCAAGAUAGUACAGACGCAAACUAAACAAGUGAUUAAUAAUUUAGCACAUUCCGCUCAGAGAGAUGCUUCCAAAGGUUAUGCCAUCUUACAACAGAAUAAAUUCUUCGAUAAAAUUCUAGACUCUAGAAUUAAGUUGCAAAAAGCAUUAUCCGCUUCAAACCAGUUACCACUUUCUCAACAAUCUUGGGAUGAACUUCUAGAUGAAAAUAACUCCAAAUUGCUAACUAGUACUUUCAAAGUUUUAGAGAAAGUUUUGACCCAGUGUGUUACAGUAAGGCAUAAAUUCCAAAUCGGUGAUCACAUAAACCAAUCUGAGAACCCUUCUGACUUCGAUAACAGCAAAAAGAGAAGUUUUAAGGAACUAGUACAUGAAACUGUAACAUUGGAUUCUGAUUUAAAAUCAUACCGUUCUGCCGUACUUAACAAAUGGUCAGCAAAAGUUUCUGCAUCAUCAGGAAAAUCUCUUCUGCAAGCCUCCAAGUUUAAAGCGAUCAACCAGUCAGCUGAUGUACAAGUGGAUAACCAACUUGCUGAUAUGCCAAGAUUACUUAAAAGGACAAAACUCAAUAGAAGCAAUACUAAACCUUUGUUGUUUGAUGAAGAUUUACAAAAAGGUCUACUAAAAGAAUUGCAACUGGAGGAAAACGUAGAAGGAGACAUCGAAGAAGAAAAUAAUUUGGAUAUUCCAAAGAAUUACGAUCCAAGAAGGAAGGAUAACAAUGCAUUAGAUUUUACCCAAAACCCAUAUAUCUAUGAUGACGAAGAUUUUUACAGAGUUUUGUUGAAUGAUCUUGUUGAGAAAAAAAUAUCUAACUCUCAACAAUCCAAUGGUGUUACUUUGGCCAUCACUUCUCGCUCUGAAAACAAGCUCAAGAAAAACAUCGACACCAAGGCUUCAAAGGGUCGUAAACUAAAUUACUCUAUUCAAGAACCAAUUGCCAAUUAUGAAGCAUCAGUUAAUACUGGGUAUAAAUGGUCGGAUGAGCAAAUUGAUGAAUUCUUUGCUGGUUUAUUAGGUCAAAAGAUCAACUUCAAUGAAGACGAUGAAUUGGAAGCUGACACGAUGCACAACGAGGAAGACGAAGAGAUCAAAAAUGACGAUAUUCAAAUUUUCGGAUAA